GCUGAGGGUACCAGGCGUAUAGUUACUUCAUAGCAGGCAGGCCCACUUUUCUUCUUCACCAGCGUCAAGUGAAGACGGCGGUGGUAGCGCUAGCAAUUGAAGCCAGUGGAACAGCUCAAAACUGCCCAUGUAUGUAAACAUAUACACUUAAACAUACCCGGGGUCAACUUCUAAGCACAUUUCUGUGAUGUCGCUGGACAUCACAGACUACAUGUAGCUUCGCCACUGUCAAGACGGCAGAACAGUGGACACAAGGAAAGUACCCAGCCGCCGAGCCACAUCGCCUCAAUUCUGCCGCUUGCGGUGUACCGUUUAAUCGAGUCAGAAAAGUACUCCCUCCGUCCGAAAAAGCUUGUCCAUCAAAUGGAUGUAUCUAGCACCAAGUUAGUGCUAGAUACAUCCAUUUAAGAAACAAGCUUGGGACAAGCUUUCUGAGACAGAGGGAGUAGUGCCGUCUGCAAUGGUGUUCCUCCGAACCUGGGUGAGCAGCGUCAUGUCCCUCUCUUCUCCGGCGGCGAUGGUCUUCUUUGCACCAGGUCCUCUAGGGGUGUGUUUGUGUUAUGGCACCUUCUUUCUGGUUUCCUUUUCUGGGUGCGUACAUGUUUGGGUUCUGUAACUUUGACUUUGAAAGAACAGGUGUCAUAAUCUAUGUCAAGAAAAGAAAAGAGAAAUGUAUCAGAGAGCGGGUCAAAUCUUAUCAUGAAGAUUAAUAAAGGAACGAGAGGGACAGAAAGGAGGGGUGGUUAAUCAGUCAUACUCCCUGCAGGGAACGAGGCAGCGGCAAUAUUUGGUGCAAUGAUUUAAGGUGAACCCUCCAGCAGACGCAGAAGCAGAAUCAAUUCCUAUCCUCGCCAUGGCGCCCUUGGCUUCCAAAAUACUUGCCUCUCUCACCAUACUGAUGAUGUGCACCACCGCACUCGUCUCAGCCGCUGGAGCGCUGCCAUCACUUGAACAACAAGCAGGGGCACUUCUUGCCUGGAAAGCCAGCCUCAGUCAGCAAAGCCAAGACGCCCUGCGAUCCUGGGAAAACAUCUCAGCACCUUGCCGUUGGCAAGGCAUCCGGUGUGGUGGGUGCUGGCCGGUGAUUGCCGCCAUCUCCCUGCCGGGGAUGCGGCUGAGAGGGACACUUGAGUCUCUUGACUUCUCGGCUUUGAGGACCUUGGUGGCCCUUGAGCUCUCGCACAACGAGCUUGCCGGGAGCAUCCCUGUGAAUAUUAAGCUCCUCAAAGAACUUCGUGCUCUCCUCCUGCAUGACAAUCAGAUAAGAGGUUCAAUUCCACCUGUUUUAGCAAAUCUCACGAAACUGCGUCUCCUAAUGCUCCAUGACAAUCAAGUCUCCGGUGAAAUACCAAGGCAAAUAGGCGAGAUGGGUAAUCUUGUGAGCCUGAACUUGUCAAACAAUUACUUAGUUGGUCCUAUCCCUUGUGAAAUAGGUCACCUUAAGCAUUUGCUUAAAUUAGAUUUGUCCAGCAAUGACCUUUCCGGACCAGUUUCCUUCAGUCCAGCUAACUCAUCCAUACAAAAUCCUAUGAAUAAUUUUUCAUCUCAGCCUACUGCAAAAGUAAACUUAGAAAACAUAAAUAUGCUAUCAUUAUCCCAUAAUAACUUAAGUGGUCCCAUUCCCAAAGAUAUAGUGAAAUUUUUCGACCUACAACACUUGGACAUAAGCCAAAACAACUUUUCAGGUUCUAUCCCAAGCAAUAUAGGUAACCUGGCCAAACUCACUACCUUGUACCUUUACCAUAACCAACUUUCUGGACGCAUUCCUCGAGAACUAGGUUAUUUAGUGAACUUAGAGGACUUGAGGCUCAACAACAACACACUAUCUGGUUCCGUUCCAAGCAAUUUAUGGAAUUUGACCAAACUCGCUACCUUGCACCUUCACCGUAACCAACUUUCUGGACACAUUCCUCUGGUUUUGGGAUAUUUGGUGCACAUAGAGGACUUGCGGCUCAGCUACAACACACUAACAGGUUCCUUUCCAAGAAAUUUGUGUAAUUUGACCAAACUCAAGAUCUUGUACCUUGGCCAGAACCAACUUUCCGGAAAAAUUCCUUGGGAACUAGGUUAUAUGGUGAAUUUAGAGGACUUUCAGCUCAGUUUGAACAACCUAACAGGUCCUAUCCCAAACAGUUUAGGAAAUUUGACUAAGCUCACCUUCUUAAACCUUAAUUUCAACCAAUUUUCUGGACACAUUCCUCAAGAAAUUGGCGAGUUAAUGAAUCUGGAAAUGUUUGGAGUUUCUUUGAACAAUCUAUCUGGUGCAUUGCCAUCGGGUCUUUGCGCGGGAGGCCGACUACAGUUUCUCACCGCUAAUGGCAACAACUUGGUUGGACCCUUGCCAACAAGCUUGCUAAGUUGCAAAAGCCUAGUCAAACUUCGUCUUGAAGGAAAUCAGCUUCAAGGAGAUAUCUCCGAGAUGGGGCUUCACCCGGAUCUUGUCUAUGUUGAUAUCAGUUCAAACAAAUUAUUUGGUCAAUUAUCUCAUCGCUGGGGUGAGUGUUACAAACUUACAAUGCUACGUGCCUCAAACAACAACAUUACUGGAGUCAUACCACCAAGCAUAGGGCAGUUAUCUCAGUUGGGGAUACUUGAUGUUUCAUCAAAUAAACUUGAAGGGCAGAUUCCACUGGAGAUUGGCAAUUUAACGUUGCUGUUCAACUUGAGCCUGGGUAAUAACCUGCUCCAAGGAAGUAUACCUAAAGAUAUUGGAUCGCUAAAGAAUUUGGAGUACUUAGAUUUAUCAUCAAACAACCUAAGUGGGAUGAUACAAGGGUCAAUUGAACAUUGUCUCAAGCUUCACUUCCUGAAUUUGAGCCAUAAUCACCUCAAUGGCAGCAUACCAAUCGAACUAGGAAUGUUGGUAAACCUACAAGAAUUGUUGGAUCUAAGUGAUAAUUCAUUUGCUAGUGUCAUUCCGAGUCAGCUGGGUGGUUUGAGCAUGCUCGAAGUUUUGAAUCUUUCACACAAUGCAUUGAAAGGUAGCAUCCCACCAUCAUUUCAGCGCAUGCUCAGCCUCCUAUCCAUUGAUGUGUCAUUCAACAAAUUGGAAGGGUCAGUGCCACAGAGUAGAUUGUUUGAAGAAGCUCCAAUCCAAUGGUUCAUGCAGAAUAAGAAAUUGUGUGGUGUAGUGAAAGGUUUGCCCCCUUGUGACCUUAAUCAAAGUGGUGAACAAAAAAAGAAGCCCAGAGCUAUUUUACUAGCUAUAAUACCUGUUGUUGUAUCUUUUCUGUUUAUCAUGGCACUAGUAACUUUGCAAUGUAAAACAAGGAAAUCCAAGGUGGAAAGCGCAAAUGAAUUGCAACAGACAAAUCUGUUUGCCAUCUGGAACUUUCAUGGAGGAGAUAUGUACAGGCAAAUUGUUGACGCCACAGAAAAUUUUAGUGACGCUCACUGCAUUGGAAUUGGAAGUAGUGGGUCAGUAUAUAGAGCUCAGUUACCAACAUGCGAGAUAUUUGCAGUAAAGAAGAUUCAUACAAUAGAAGAUGAUGAGCUAUUUAAUCGUGAAAUAGAUGCCUUGAUGCAUAUUCGGCAUCGCAAUAUUGUGAAGUUAUUUGGCUACUGUUCUGCUACUCAAGGAAGAUUUCUUUUGUAUGAAUACAUGGAACGAGGAAGCUUAGCAGCAUCUUUAAGGACCAAGGAAACUGCAAUAGAGUUGGACUGGACAAGGAGGUUAAAUAUUGUUAAGGAUGUGGCCCAUGCUUUGUCUUACAUGCAUCAUGAUUGCUUUGCGCCGAUAGUCCAUAGAGAUAUAACAAGCAACAACAUUUUGCUUGAUCUGGAAUUUAGAGCAUGCAUCUCUGAUUUUGGUAUUGCCAAAAUAUUAGAUGUGGAUGGGUCAAACUGCACAAGGCUUGCCGGGACAAAAGGAUAUCUUGCACCAGAGCUUGCAUACACAACAAGGGUGACGGAGAAGUGCGACGUAUACAGUUUUGGAGUGCUCGUGCUCGAGUUGUUCAUGGGACAUCAUCCGGGUGACUUUCUUUUGUCCCUCUCGUCCAUGGACAAGAGAAGUACAAUACCCAAGGAUUUGCUGGACACCCGGCUCCCAUUCCCUAAAGCUGAGAUUGCAAAUGAAAUAUUCAAAGUGAUUGCCAUCGCUAUUCGGUGCAUAGAACCUGACCCAUCACACCGUUCGACAAUGCAGGAUGCAAUCAAGGUGUUCUCUCCAGAUGAAGGGCCCGGUAAUCUUGAUUACCUGCACACUGACAUCGUCAUCCUUGCUUGUGGUCUUGAAUGUUCUUAGCACAUUGGUGUUCCUUAUGUUGCACCUUUUGAUCAGAUACUAUAAUUAGUCAUUUCGAUCAUAGAUUAUUUUGGCUUUACCCUAAAAGAUUGUACAGUACGACUAGUAUACUAAGCUGAUCAAUCCUAGUUGGUUGGGUAUUUGCUACUUCUAAA